AUGCAGCAGCCCCCGGUGGACCGGCAAGCGCUCGGGAAGGCGUUCCUCAAGUACUCCAAGAUGCUCAACGAGAAUCCCGCCCAGAAGCGGAUCUACCUUGAAGGUGGACGCGUCCAAUGUCUCCCCUGCGGCAGUGCCGAACUUGGAGGAAACCAGGAGCUGUCAAAUCACCCAAGUGCGCCAGGGGACUCCUCUUUUGAUAUUCCCCCCAAGACCACCCAACUACAAUGCAUGUCGGAGAGAUACAUAUUCCAUCUACAUAUUAUUAGUGUUUUAGGGAAAGCAUGGGACACGAGUGACCAGCAGUCAAAAUUUAACGUGCUUCCCUGUGUAUGGCAAACUUUUAUUGGUUGGUCUUCUAAGGACUUUGCUGAUGUGCACGGGCUUGUCAUGCAUGCUUACAACCCACCAAAUGCAGAUUCAUUUGUUGAUCAUCUUGGUUUACACAAGGCAUUGUGUGUCCUUAAGGGAUGGGAUUAUACAAAAGUCCCUGAUAACUCUAAGGCAUACCAGUCAUUACCUCCUGACCUUGUUCGAGCAAAUAGGGAGGACCUUAUUAUAUGGCCUCCAACUGUUAUCAUUCGUAACACUGCCACUGGGAGGAAGAAAGAUGGACGCUCUGAGGGUCUGGGAAACAAAGAAAUGGAUAAGAAAAUUGCAGAACUAGGGUUUGCUGGUGGCAAGUCGAAGUCCUUGUAUGGAAAGGAAGGGCAUUUGGGUCUGACACUUAUCAAGUUCGCAAACAACCCAUCUGGCUUGAAGGAGGCUGAGCGCCUUGCUGAGUUUUUUGAGAGGCAAGAUCAUGGACGUGUAGGUUGGUCACGUGGACAGGCUACUCACAACUUAGACCCUGAUACGAACCCUAUGCUGGUUGAGACUGAUAGCAGGGGUGAGAAAAAGAGAAUACUUUAUGGGUGCCUUGCAAUUUCCUCUGAUCUGGAUGAAUUAGACUCGGAUUCAAGAAAAAGGGCUACUGUCAAGAGCAUAAAAGAAUUUGACCCAUCUGACUAG